AGCGGGAAGAGCGAAGAGACUCCAUAACCGACGCACUCACAAAGCUUAUCACUGUACCGGCGAAUUCCAAUGGCGGAAGUGAGGAACAAGCGAGUGGUUCUAAGAAACUAUGUGGUUGGUUUUCCGAAGGAAUCAGACAUGAAAAUUGUGGAAGGAAGGGUGAAAUUGAAGGUUCCAGAAGGUUUUGAUAAGGUGCUUGUGAAGAAUCUCUACCUCUCUUGCGACCCUAUCAUGAGAGUCCUGAUGAUCAAGAUGGAUUUCAUUGAUGAGUAUCAUCACUACACACCUGAUGCUCCAUUGACAGGAUAUGGAGUGUCUAAAGUGUUGGAAUCUGGACAUCCAGAUUAUAAGAAAGGUGAUUUGGUUUGGGGAAUUACCAAAUGGGAAGAGUAUAGCUUUAUCUCCCCAUCUCAAAUAUGUUUCAAAAUUGAGCACACUGAUGUUCCACUUUCUUACUACACUGGAAUUCUUGGUAUGCCUGGAAUGACUGCUUAUGCUGGUUUCUUUGAAAUAGGUUCUCCAAAAAAAGGAGAAAAUGUUUUUGUUUCAGCUGCCUCUGGUGCUGUUGGUCAACUUGUUGGUCAGUUUGCUAAAUUGACUGGUUGCUAUGUGGUUGGAAGUGCUGGAAGCAAAGAGAAGGUGGAUCUGCUGAAGAAUAAGUUAGGAUUUGAUGAAGCUUUUAACUACAAGGAGGAGCCAGACCUCGAUGCAGCUUUGAAAAGAUACUUUCCAGAAGGCAUUGAUAUUUACUUUGAGAAUGUUGGGGGAAAGACACUUGAUGCAGUACUCCCAAAUAUGAGACUCCAUAGUCGAAUACCUGUUUGUGGAAUGAUCUCACAGUACAAUCUUGCUGAACCAGAAGGUGUAACAAAUUUGGCACAUCUCAUAUUUAAGAGGAUUAAAAUGGAAGGGUUUAUUGUAAAUGAUUUCUACCAUUCAUAUUCCAAAUUCUUGGAGUUUGUUUUGCCUCAUAUUAGAGAAGGGAAGGUUGUGUAUGUGGAAGACAUUGUUGAGGGUCUUGAGAAUGGCCCAACAGCCUUGGUUGGCCUCUUUAGUGGUCGCAAUGUGGGAAAACAAGUGGUGGUUGUGGCUCGUGAGUAAAAUUCUAUAAAUAGAAACAUUGUAGCAUCUGAUCUUUAGUUCUGAACAUUUUGUUUUCUUUUGGGCAAUGAACCUAGUUUUUAUGUUGUAUUGUAUCAUCUUCCCUUUUUGGUCAUAGUAUUUGAUUACUG